UACCAUCCCAUCUUUUAUGGUAAUCGUGGUAGGCCGGUUGACCAGUUAGUUGUUGGUCGUCUUGGUAACGGCUCGCGACCGUGUAUAAUAACACAAGAGAACAAUGGCGGACGUAGGAAGGUCGAAGAGCAACGUGAUGAAUUUCAGUGUUUUUUGGUGAUUUUUUGGUUUUGUUUUGGUGGUUUUAUUGAGAUGAGGACCGUGCCCAAGUGGGUGGACAAGGUGCAGGACAGCGAGAAGAACGGGCAAAGCAUCUACGACCUCACCUUCAGCCCGGACGGCGCCCAGCUGAUCGUCGCCAGCGGUCACCACGUGCUCGUCUACGACUCCUCCGACGGCUCCCUGAUCCAGCUGCUCAAGGGCCACAAGGACAAAGUCCACACCGUGUCGUACGGCAGGAACGGCGAGAAAUUCGCCACCGGAAGUGCCGACAAAACCGUCAUAAUUUGGUCGAAUAAGUUGGAGGGUUUGCUGAAGUACAGCCAUAACGAUUCGGUGCAAUGCGUCGCGUUCAACCCGCUCAGCCAUCAGUUGGCGAGCUGCGCGUUGAGCGACUUCGCGUUCUGGAGCGCAGAACAGAAGGCGGUGCAGAAGCACAAGACGGGAGUGCGGAUCAACGCGUGCUCCUGGACCAAUGACGGGCAGUACCUGGCUUUGGCCUUGAACAACGGAACUGUGUCCAUUCGGAAUAAGUCGGGGGAGGAAAAGACGAAGAUAGAGCGCCCCGGGGCCAUAUGGGCCAUAUGCUGGAGCACCUGGAAAGAUGACCCUGGGGAUACUUUAUGUGUCACCGACUGGAAUAAGACCCUAUCAUUUUAUACUUUGGGUGGGAAGCUGGUGGGGAAGGAGCGGGGGUUGGGGUAUAACGCUUUGAGGGUGCGCUACUUCCCUAAGGGGGAUUAUAUUUUGAUGGGGGGUUUAAAUAAGUGCUGCAAGCUGUACACUAGGGAGGGAAUCAAGUUGGGGAUGAUCGGGGAGCAGCAGCAGUCUUGGGUGUGGUGCUGCGAAGCUGAUCCCACCGGAAAUUACGUCGCUAUCGGUUGUGAGGACGGCACCAUCGCUUACUACCAAGUUGUCUUCAAUAUGGUCCAUGGACUGUACAAGGAGCGCUACGCCUACCGGGAGAACAUGACUGACAUCAUCAUCCAGCAUUUGAUCACUGAGCAAAAAGUCCGGAUCAAGUGCAGAGAUCUUAUUAAGAAAAUCGCUAUAUUCACUGACAGGCUGGCUGUUCAACUUCCGGAACGAGUGGUCAUUUACGAGCUCUACUCCAAAGACGCCAACGAUAUGCACUAUCGAGCGAAAGAGAAGAUCGCUCAGAAGCUGGACUGCAGCCUCCUAGUGAUCUGCUCCAACCACCUCAUUGUUUGCCAAGAAAAGACCCUUCAGAGCAUGUUCUUCUCGGGGGAAAAAGAGAAAACUUGGGACUUCGAUAGUCCCAUAAGAUACAUUAAGAACAUCGGGGGUCCCCCUGGCAGGGAAGGCAUGCUCUUAGGGCUAAAGAGUGGACAAGUAUGGGAGGUACGUCUGGACAACAUCCAUCCCCUCUUGAAAGUCACUGUAAACGAAGGAGUCAGGUGCCUGGACAUCAGCCAGAUGAAGCAGAAACUGGCUGUGGUGGACGAAACUGGCUUGCUCCAAGUCUUUAAGCUGCACCUCUUCAAACCAUGUGAACUCCUUUACCAAGAGCACGACGCCAACAGCGUCGCUUUUAACACAAUCUACGAAGACAUGUUGGGCUUCAGCGGCUCCAACACCCUCUCCAUUAAAGUCUCCGAUUUUCCACCGCACGUGCAACAGCUCCCAGGCUUUGUCGUGGGCAUGUCCGGCUCCAAGGUGUUCUGCCUCAACGGAUUCACCAUGACCACUUUGGACAUGCCCCUCAGCAUCCCCAUGUACCAAUUUAUAGAGAAGAACAUGUUCCAGGAAGCCUACAGGAUCGCUUGCCUGGGAGUCCCUGACGGAGACUGGGAGGAACUGGCGCACUCCGCUCUGGAGCACUUCGACUUCGACGUGGCCAGACUGGCCUUCAUAAAACUGCAAGACAUCACUUACCUGGAGCUGAUCCAGAAAAUUCUGGAACAGUAUCAGAAGGGAGAUUUUAACAGGGACGUCAUCAUGGGGGACAUUCUGGCUAUGAAAGGGAAACUAAAAGAGGCCGCGAGGUAUUAUCAGAAAUCUGGCCACAGCGGUAAGGCCUUGACGAUGUAUACUGACCUCAGGAUGUUCGAUGAGGCCCAAGAGUUUCUCGGGGCCAAGGAUAAUAGUGAUCUUAUAAAGCAAAAGGCCGACUGGGCCAGGAACAUCAACGAACAUAAAGCUGCCGCAGACAUGUACAUUUCGAUCGGGGAUAUUAAGACUGCCAUUGAGAUCUAUGCGGAGCAGGGGUGGGCCGAGCAGCUGGUGGAUCUCAGUAGGCGUCUCGAUAAGUCGGAUAAGGCCUCGCUGAGCUCCAUUGCGCAGCAUCUGAAGCGUCUCGGUCAGUCCGCCAGCGCAGCGGAGAUAUUCCGCAGACUGGGAGACAGCGCGGCGGUUCUCCAGCUCCACGUGGAGGCGAACGAGUGGGCGCAAGCGUUCGCCAUUGUGGAGAACCAGCCCCAGUUGAACUCCAUAGUUUACGUGCCGUAUGCGCAAUGGCUCGCUGAAAACGACAAGUUCGUACUGGCGCAGAAAGCCUUUCAUAAAGCGGGAAAGAGUGAGGAGGCCUUCAAAGUGUUCCAGCAACUAACCAGCAACGCUGUGGCGGAAACCAGGUUCGACGACGCGAGCUUUUACCACUGGAUCAUUUCCAGGCAGUACCUGGACUUGGCCAAGCAGUCAGACAAUAAGCAGCAGUGGUGCUUGGAAAAGUUCCAGGAAAACGAACAUCUGGCGCAGAUCUACUAUGCUUACAAUACCGUGCAUAAGUAUCUGGAGGAGCCGUUCACCUCCUACAUGCCGGAGGCCCUCUUCAACAUCUCCAGAUUCCUGCAAGUGAAGUGCAGCAAGAGAAAACCCCCCGGAAUCUCACUGUUUGCCAUCUAUUUCACCCUUGCUAAGCAAGCCAGGAAACUGGGGGCUAACAAGCUGGCCAAACAGACUUUCGACAAAAUCACCUCCCUAAGGGUGCCGAAGAAGUUCGAGGAGCAAGUGGAGAUCGCCACCAUUGCGUCCAGGGCGCGACCCUUCAACGAUCCAGAAGAACUGCUGCCCAUGUGCUACAGAUGUUCCACCUAUAACCCGCUUACGAGCAGCCAAAACUGCUGCGUGAACUGCGGGCAGCCUUUCGUUUAUUCUUUCGUGAGUUUCGAGGUGUUGCCGUUGAUCGAGUUUUAUGUUGAGGAGGGAAUCGGUGAUGCGGAGGCCGUGAGGCUGAUCGAGACCCCCGGGGCAUCGGAAAGUGAGGAGGAGCAAGUGCAGGACCACUUGGAGCUGAAGAACUUCGAGGAAUCCGAUCCGUUCGUUUACAAGACGAUCAACCGCGAUGAACUGAAACAGUUUCAGCCGAUCGUGUUGGAUAAGGAGCAGCUGCUGGCUCUGGAUAUGGAGACUGUGCUGGUGGCCAAGUGGGCUGAGCCCUUAAGAUUCCGAUUUUUCAAGAAUAUUUUGCCGGAGCUUCGUGUGGCGAUGUGCGAAUCGUGCUUCAAGGCCUUCCACGUGGACGAUUACGAAUUGCAGCUGUUGCAGAAGGGCUUCUGCCCUUUCUGCAGGGUCAAUCCGGACAGUGUGGGCUUGGAUGAUAGUGGGGGGGUUGAGUUGCUCGUUUAAGCCCGUUAUGUUUGUAAAUAAAUAAGGUUUACUUAA